UCUAGUCUAGUCUUUCAGAAGUAUUUGUUCAACGCCGGUUAGAGAAAGUAACUCGAUCAAAAUGGUUAGUGAAAAGGCCCAGUACGAUCUGGAGGGUGCAGUUUUUAAGCGAAAUUUAUCCUACGAGCAAAGAUCCAAUAAUGGGUCGACAUGUUUCUUGGUGACCGUUUGCUUCCUGGCCCUGGUGGUAGGAGUUGGAAUCGGCUCCGUUCUCUUUUUAAGGGAGUUGCCAUAUUGGCUGGAGGAAAGUGUCGAUUCUAGCACGACUGAAGCAGCUCCAGAAACAACUUCAGAGGCUAUCUCCACGGCCACAGAGUCAUGGACAGAGAUUUGCCGCAAUAAAUAUCUUCGUAAUAUUAUAGUUACGGUUGAUUCAUCUACAUUGAACUUAAAAGUAGUGGAAAAAGAUCCAGGAAGCGUUUUCGAUCAUUUGGAAGAGAUCCGUUGUACGAUAUAUGCUAUCGAAAUGCUGCGUGAUAAUCUUCCAUUUGUUAAUGAGUUUGGGAGGCCGCUAAUUUACGGACAUGAGAUUCAGUUUACUGGUGAUAGUUGGCAGCUGGUGGGGGAAGGCGAAAACUGGAGUGAGGAAAAGUCUGAAGAUCGUAACCAGAAACAACAGGAGAGCGAAAUAUUAUCUUCUGAGGAAAAACCUUUAGAAAAAUCCAACCAGAAUUCCGAUGAGGACACCGAUUCAAACUCUGACGAAAAGUCUUCUGUCGAAUAUCCUUUCGGGCAGUAUGAAUCAAAUGAGGAUUCGAUUGACGAAUCCGAUAAACAUUCAGAAGAAAGCAAGCAGGAAUUUAUAAAGAUUAAUCCAGCGCUUCUACCAAUGGAAACUCUGUCCGAUAGUUUUGUAAUUGUUCAGCUCCAUUUGGGUCCAGACGGUUUAUCUAUGACCUACGGACCGGACGAAGAAUCGCUGAAGGAGAUAAAACAGGAGUCCACCUUGUGGACCCGUUUCAUUCUUGGCGAGCUGAUGACCGCGGCAUCCCAGAGUUUACAGGAAUCGGGCAAACGCAUUCAGCUGCCGGAAGCAACUGAGAACCAGAAUGAAGAUGGUUCGUCAGAAGAGGUCAUUUGGAGUUGGGGGUCGGAGGAUCCCUUCAACUUAAAAUUCGAAUAUAAAAAUGGCGCUUGGGGAUUCUGGCAAGAGACGCCUGGAGAAUCCUUAGAGCAAAACAAGUCCUCGUCGUUGUCGGAGGUGGAGAAGGAGAAGGUGGAGGAUUCGGAGGACAGAAACUCCUUCUCUCUAAUUUUAUAAGUGUUUACCGUUAUGAUAUGUAGAAACCUACAUUUUCUUUUUAAAAUACUCAUAUAUCAACAUUAUGAUAUAAAUAAAAGAAGACACAUAAACAUUUUUCUCGUACUAGAAA